AUGCACGACGAACACCCGCACCCACUCCUCGCCCAGGUGCCCCUCACAGUCUCCCCCUUCCUCUCGCUCCCGCACAGCGUACCGCUCCCAUAUUCCUACGUCACACUCCCCUCUACCCUCCCACCCUCGAUCCUGCAGCAAAACGCAAGCGCCGACCCCAGCCAACCACCGCAAUACGUCACAUCCAGCUCCGGACAGUCAGCGCACCCGGACGCGAUCCUCCGGAGCUGUGUCGCGCUGCAGGAACAUCUGGAUCAACUAGAGAUCGAGGCGCGGAAGACGCUGCAGGCGUUUCGUGCUAGGCGUGAGAAGGAGGAGUUGGAUGAGAAGAGGAGGGUUGCGCCGGGGUGGCUCGAUAGUGGGGUUCAUAUAUUGAAGCCGGAGAAUGUAGACGAGGCUCAACCUGUGUCUGGAGAGGCGCAGGGAAAAGGUUUGGGACAGAUGCAGGAUGUUCAAUUUACGGGUGCGCAGGGUGGUGGGCAGAGUCGGGAAGGGGAGGAGCUGGAUAGGGUGUUUGGGGGGCUGAGUAUGAAGUAA